CACGCUUUCACAGCAUCGCUGGCCAUUGGCCCGAUCAACGCUCUGUUGAAAAUGCCUAAAGUCAAGGUAAAUGAUACGCUAAUCAACUAUGAGAAGGCUGGGAGUGGUUCCACAGUAGCUCUCUGCAUACCCGGAGCCCUUGGCUCGGCGCUGAGCGACUUCAGCCCCCAGCUGAAGUCUCUGGCCGGUCCGGAGCUGACCCUGAUCGCCAUUGACCUGCCCGGCUACGGCCUGAGCCGUCCGCCGCCGCGUCGGUUCGGGCCCGACUUCUACACGGACGACGCGCGAGUGGCCGGUGACCUGAUGGAGGCGCUGGGCUACGAGCGCUACCACGUGCUGGGCUGGAGUGACGGCGGCAACUCGGCCGUCAUCCUGGCCGCCCUCCGGCCGCAGAGCGUCACCAAACUCGUCAUCUGGGGAGCCAACGCCUACUACACCGACAAACUCGGCAAUGUCGUAAAAGCUAUGAGGAACAUAGAGGACUGGCCGGAGGCGGACCGGGCGCCCAUGCUGGAGCUGUACGGAGAGGAUUACUUCCGAUCCAUGUGGACGGAGUGGGUCGACGUGACGCUCGCCUUCAAAGACGUCAGCAAUGGAACCUGCAUGCGUGAAACUCGUGAAGUACAGUGUCCCACGCUGGUGGUACACGGUGCAAAGGACGAAUACUUUGAGAUGGAAGAUCCGGAGUACUUUGUGAAAAACAUCCCCAACGCCAAAUUGCACGUGUUCCCGGAAGCCAAGCACAACCUGCACAUCGAGUACGCUGACGAAUUUAAUAAGGUAGUGGCUGAGUUCCUGGCGGGCCGGUGAGCUGGCCUUACCUCUCGCCCGGCCGUCCUCGGGGCCCCUGACCUGUCAUCGGACGAACUGGGGCCACUCUGGCCGCCCUAUCGAUCCGAGCCCGACCUCAAUCGAUAUGGUAGGCAUCCGUGCUGCGUGCCUCUUAGUUUCGGCUAGUGGAAAGCUGCACUGAUCUGGGGAUCAUUCAAGUGUGUGUACAAAAAACAGCCGGGAGCUUAGCGUGGGUCAAACCGAUGGCAAACCAAGCAUUAUCUGGACGACGGUUUUCGGUAAAUUACGGUGACUGCUUUUCCUCUAUUUUCUAAAGAAAAAAGAAAUAGAGAAGGGAGAUAGAUGCUGCUUGUUUUUUGUAUCGCUUGCAUAUGUAUUUGGAAUAAAAGCAAACAAACAUUGACGUA